AUGGCUAGUAAUGAAAUUAGAUCAUGUAAAGUCGUCUCUACAAAGGAUGAAUCGAAGAAUAUUGUGGAAUACGAGAAUCUAGGGAUCUCAUCCUACGAUGUAGAUUCUAUCUAUGAUACAAAGAAGAUCGAAAAUCACGAUUACCACGUCUCGUCGAUUGAUGAGUAUAGAUCGCUUCAUUCACAUAGUUUGAAGAAUUCUGAUGAAUUUUGGGGUCAUAUAGCUAAAAACAGCAUCUCCUGGAUAAGCCCGUUUACGCGUGUGUUCGAGGGCUCAUUUAGUGAUCGGAAUUGGGCAUGGUUUCUCAAUGGAAAACUAAACGCGUGCUAUAACUGCGUUGACCGGUGGGCAGAGUCCAAGCCUGAGAGUCUUGCUAUAAUAUACGAAGGUGAUAAUCCACAGGAUUGCAGGAAGAUCACAUUUAGAGAACUCAAACUACAAGUUUGCAGAGUCGCGAAUGUUCUCAAAUCGAUCGGUGUGAAAAAAGGGGAUACUGUUACACUCUAUAUGCCAAAUACACCAGAGUUAUGCUUCUCUGUGCUAGCAUGUGCAAGAAUUGGUGCUGUUCACAGCGUCGUUUUCGGAGGAUUCUCCGGAGCUUCUCUGGCUGAGCGUAUCAUAGACGCUAAAUCCAAGGUUGUUAUCACCGCAGAUGGAGGAUUCAGAGCAACUAAGCACAUCAAAACCAAGGACAUAAUGGACGAAGCGUUGAAAACAUGUUCAUUUGUAACACACUGUCUGGUAUUUAAGAAUAUAGACUCUGAAAUCAAGAUGGUACCAAACAGGGAUAUUUGGAUGCAUGAAGCAAUGGCUUCAGUUCGGCCCUAUUGUCCAGUAGAGGUUAUGGAUAGUGAGGACUUGCUCUUUAUUCUUUAUACAUCUGGGUCAACCGGAAAACCAAAGGGUCUGGCACACACAACUGGUGGCUAUUUGGUAUAUGCCCACACAACUACAAAGUACAUCUUUGAUGUACACGAGGGCGAUGUCUUUGGUUGCAUGGCAGAUAUUGGUUGGAUUACUGGACACACAUAUGUCAUUUAUGGUCCGUUGCUGAAUGGUAUCACAACGUUUAUAUUUGGGUCCCUUCCAGGAUAUCCUAGUCCAGAUAGGUAUUGGAAAAUGUGUUCUACGCACAAAAUCACCCAGUUCUACACUGCUCCAACUGCAAUCCGUAGUCUUAUGGGAGUCCCCGAUACUGAAACCAUUAUGCGUAGAUACCCAUUAAGGUCCGUCCGAGUGCUCGCGAGUGUAGGUGAACCUAUAAAUCCAGAGGCUUGGAGAUGGUACCAUGAUGUUAUAGGGGGUGGUAGAAUUCCAGUUGUCGAUACAUUUUGGCAAACGGAAACUGGAGGUAUAGUAAUAGCUCCGCUGCCAGGUGCUAUAAAGACCAAACCUGGUGCAGCAACAUUGCCAUUUUUUGGAAUUGAUUUGGCUCUAGUAGAUCCAAACACAGGAGAUGAAUUGCAUUCAAGUGAAUGUUCUGGCCUUUUGUGUAUCAAAAAACCAUGGCCAGGUAUGUUUAGAACCGUAUAUGGAGAUCAUGCGAGAAUCGCAACCACAUAUUUCCCAAAAAUGUCGGAUUCGGAAGGCCUCAGAUAUUAUCUAACUGGGGACGCAGCAUAUAGAGAUAAAGAUGGAUACAUUUGGAUUUCUGGUAGAAUCGAUGACACUCUUAAUGUCUCUGGACAUCGUCUUUGCAGUGCUGAAAUUGAGCAUGCAUUGGUCCAAGUUGAUGCCGUUGCAGAAGCUGCAGUAGUCGGCUACCCUCAUGCUAUCAAGGGUCAAGGUAUAUUCUGCUUUGUCACACUCAAACAAAAGGCAGAUGGUGAAAAAUUAGAUGAUAUUAAAAACAGGUUAAAACUCUCCAUAAGACAAAUGGUCGGUCCAUUCGCAACACCUGACAAAAUACUUCUAACCCAACACCUACCAAAAACUAGAAGUGGAAAAAUCAUGAGGAGAAUCCUGAGGAAACUUGCAAGUCAACAAUUUGACGAAAUCGGUGAUACGUCCACACUUGCAAACCCAGAAGUUGUCAAGGAACUUGAAGAUAAGAUUAGAAUACUAGUCUAA